GUUACGUUUUAAAAUUGACUAGCCAUUUUGUUGAGUCAGAAUAAUCCAGGGGCCAUUUGGGGCUGUUAAACCUUUCCUUCCUCCCCUGCCGCCGCCUAAAGUCCGUUUCCUGUAAACAUCGUCGUCGUCAUCAUAAUCUCCCUCCAUAUUUAACCGCAGAAAACAAACACACACACACACUUUUUCCCCUUUUUUUUUAUCCCAAACUUUUCCAAAUCAGAGAAAACAUACCGUGCUACUUGAAAGUUGAAAAUUCCAAAUUGCAAACCAGAGGACCCUCUCGCAUUUACUGCUCUGCUCAGAUCUGCCCCCAGCAGGCUUCUCUCUCUCCAUUGAUUGAAGCUAUAUCUGCACGAAGAUGUCGACCGACAGUGACGACGAGGACGAGCUCCUUCAGAUGGCGCUGAAGGAGCAGGCCCACCGGGAAGUCAAUUACCAGCGCCCGUCGUCGUCCAGUCAACGGAAGCCGGUCUCCAAUUUCGUCCAGCCUCCCAAAACCGCCGGUUCCGCGAGGCCGCCGCCCCCGACUCAUCGUCACCAGAAGAGCAGAGGCUCCGCCUUGGACGAUGACGAUGACUCCGAAGUCGAAAUGCUCAGCAUAUCGAGCGGAGACGAGGAAGUGAGCAAGGAUCGGCAGCCGGCCAAAGGGAGGGCCGGCGCCGGCGGGGCGGGAAGGGGAGGGAAAGAAGACGAUGGGUGGGACGGCGGGGAGCCUGAUUGCUGGAAACGAGUGGAUGAGGGCGAGCUUGCGCGAAGGGUUCGUGACAUGCGAGAGUCAAGAAUAGCACCAGUGGCUGAAAAGUUCGAUCCUAAGCCCACUGCAGCAGUGACUAGAAAGGGGCUUAAUACUCUAUUGUCAUUGCCUCGUGGGAUGGAGUGUAUAGACCCAUUGGGAUUGGGGAUUAUAGACAACAGAACAUUAAGGUUGGUCACCGAGAACUCAGCUAGCUCACCAUCAAAAGCCAACAGAGAUGUAGAUAGUAAUCUUCGAGAGAAAUUGUUAUAUUUGUCUGACAAGUUUGAUGCCAAGCUGUUCCUAUCACGAAUACAUCAAGGCACCAGUGCAGCAGAUUUGGAGGCUGGUGCCCUUGCUUUGAAAACUGAUCUAAAAGGGCGUACCCAGCAGAGGAAACAACUGGUGAAAGACAAUUUUGAUUGUUUUGUCUCUUGCAAAACUACAAUAGACGAUAUUGAAUCAAAACUAAGACGGAUAGAAGAAGACCCCGAAGGUUCUGGGACUUCUCAUCUGCACAAUUGCAUGCAAGGAGUCAAUUCACUGGCAGUUCGUGCAUUUGAACCUUUAUUUGAAAGACAGGCCCAAGCAGAGAAGAUCAGGUCUGUCCAAGGAAUGCUCCAGAGAUUCAGAACACUAUUUAACCUGCCUAGCACAAUUCGUAACAGCCUUAGCAAGGGUGAAUAUGAUUUGGCAGUUAGAGAGUAUAAGAAGGCGAAAUCGGUUGCCCUCCCCUCCCACGUGAAUAUAUUGAAACGUGUCCUCGAAGAGGUUGAAAAAGUGAUGCACGAGUUCAAGGGAACACUUUACAAGUCCAUGGAGGAUCCACAAAUAGAGUUGACAAAUCUCGAGAACACAGUGAGGCUGCUGGUGGAGCUAGAACCCGAGUCUGAUCCCGUGUGGCAUUACUUAAGUGUACAGAAUAACAGAAUCCGUGGUUUGCUUGAGAAAUGCUCGUUGGAUCACGAAUCAAGGAUGGAAACAUUGUAUAAUGAGAUGAAACAAAGAGCUCUGUUGGAUGCGAAGUGGAAGCAAAUUCAAAAUGAAACUUCAGAUGUGGAUCCAGUAGAUCUGCAGUCGCUGGUUUUGAUUGGUGAAGAAGUUGAUUCUCUGAGGGGAAAGUAUAUCCGCAGGUUAACGGCUGUAAUUAUCCAUCACAUACCAGCCUUCUGGAAAGUAGCAAUUUCUGUUUUCAGUGGGAAAUUUGCGAAGUCUUCCCAAGUGUCUGCUGAGUCAAAUCUUAGUGCCUCAAAUAAGGCUGAAGAAAAAGUCGUAGAUGUAAGGUGCUCGACUCAUUCUCUUGAUGAGGUUGCUGGGAUGAUACGCAGCACUAUAUCUGCAUAUGAAGCGAAGGUUCAUGGCACAUUUGCUGACCUUGAGGAAUCAUAUAUUCUCCGUUCUUACAUGAGCGAUGCCAUAAAAGAAAUAUCUAAAGCCUGCAAAGCUUUUGAAGUGAAAGAAUCUGCUCCACCUACUGCUGCAUUAGCUCUCAAAUCUCUUCAGGCUGAGAUUACAAAGAUAUACAUACUCCGGCUUUGCACCUGGAUGCGGGCAACUACUGCAGAGAUGCCAAGAGAUGAAACGUGGACUACUGUAUCAGUCCUUGAAAGGGAUAAAUCGCCUUACAGAAUCUCUUUCCUUCCUCUUGCAUUCCGCUCGGUUGUAGCAUCAGCAAUGGAUCAGAUCAAUUUGUUAGUUCAAUCCUUAAAGGGUGAGGUCGGGAAGUCAGAAGAUUUAUAUGCACAAGUCCAGGAGAUUCAAUUAUCCAUUAGACUUGCCUUCUUCAACUGCUUUCUGGACUUUGCAGGUCAUCUGGAACAUAUUGGAACCGAGCUAGUAGAAAAUAAAUCAAACUUACAGAAUGGAUAUUCUCAUGAGGUGGAAGAGAAAUUAUCAUUCAAUUCCACAGGAGCUGUUAGUUCCCAUCAAAAGUUGCUGAUUGUGUUAAGUAAUAUUGGAUACUGCAAAGACGAACUCUCACACGAGCUUUUCACGAAGUACAAGUGUGUAUGGCUGCAAUCUAGGUAUACUAGACUCAAGUACUUCAUUAUCGCUUUUGGGGGUGAGGCGUAAAGUCCUGCCUAGGUGGGAUACCAUCAUAUUUGCAUUGUUAGUGUUCGAAAACUGCAUACUGGAUGAUUUUCUCUUCUCUGCUAUCAUACUAACUAAUUCAUUAUAGUCCAUCCAUCUCCUCCCAAAAAUCAAAUUUGGUGACUAGCUGAACUAGCUCAGUGAUGCAUGAGGAUCACAUAAUUUGCUGCCAACUGCCCAACAGUGUGGCUGCUGUGCUGUUGGUUCUACUUCUACUUCAUUAUGGCUAAUCUUAUUGAUUAUCAUUUUGGUUCAAUCGUCUAUUAAGGUUUGAGCAUCACUCACGGCUUUUUCGUUCGUUCUUCAAGCAUCAUUGCAUUGGUCUACCUGCAUUAUUUCACGUCGUCCUUUUUUAUACAAGUAGUAUGCUUGCACUCUGUGUGCGUAUGAUGACCGUCUAUAAUCUUAUGUUCUACCGCAGAGAAAGUGAUGAAGGUGACAUUGACAUACAUGAUUUAGUGACGUCUUUCUCUGCGCUUGAAGAGAAGGUCCUUGAACAAUAUACUUUUGCAAAGGCAAAUUUGAUAAGGACAUCAGCUAUGAACUAUUUGCUGAACUCUGGGAUCCAAUGGGGAGCAGCUCCUGCUGUCAAAGGCGUUCGUGAUGGAGCUGUGGAAUUGUUGCACACUCUGGUCUCGGUGCAUGCUGAGGUGUUUGCUGGUGCAAAGCCGCUCUUGGACAGGACACUUGGCAUUCUCGUGGAGGGGCUGAUUGAUACUUUUCUUAGCCUUUUUCACGAAAAUGAAGAUGGAGAAUUUCGGUCGCUAGAUGCAAAUGGAUUUUGUCAGCUGAUGAUUGAGCUCGAAUAUUUUGAGACUAUCUUAAACCCAUAUUUCACACCUGCUGCAAGAGAGUCGCUGAAGUCCUUGCAAGGCAUGCUGUUGGAGAAAGCCACCGAGAAUGUCUCUGACGUUGCCGAGAAUCCAGGCCACCAACGUCGGCCAACUCGUGGGAGUGAGGAAGCAGCUUCUGACGACAGGCAGCAAGGCGGACUGACUGUAUCUCCAGAUGACCUGAUUGCUCUUGCACAGCAAUGCAGCGCGGAGUUGCUGCAAGACGAGCUGGAGAGAACUCGCAUGAACACAGCGUGCUUCAUCGAGGCAGUUCCCUUGGACACGAUGCCAGGUUCCGCCAAAGAGGCAUAUGACUUGAGAGGUUCAGUGGACUCUCCGAACCGAUACUUCAGAGAGGCACCGCAGCCGUUAGUUUCAGCUCUUCCUGGAUACUCCUCCAGAGGCAAACGCCGAUGAUGAUCCUCAAAACUCGUCGCUACUUGUGUGAAGUUUAAUUUCUUGGGUUUGUGUGUAUUCUGUAGCUUGUUGUAUGUAAGCUCUGUAGAUCCAGUAGAGCCAAGAAGAACGGAAUAUUGAUUUGGUCCUUUGGAGCCUUUUUAUUCUAUUUUUUUUUUAAUUUUUCUAGAAAAAGCUCUUUUUCCCUUUAAAUACGAGUGAGUGUAGAGAAAGAGGACGCAGCUGAAUAUUGGUUAUUCGAUUGUAUGAUGUUCUCGGCUUGGUUUACAGCAUAAGAUGGAAGCUUCAUCCUUUGCCUUUGUACAUUGGGUAUGUAAUAUAUUGUUAAGUGAAUUAAUGGAGUAUUGUGACUCUACAUUGAUGCUUGAAAUCAUUUUUCUACCUAUUGCCAUUUCUA